GGACCAGCAGCCAUGUAGUGUGAGGGGCCACCCUGGGGGGAGAUGAAGGGUGGCUGUGAGGGGUGGCCAUGCAGAGAGAUGAAUGGUGGCCAUGAGGGGUGAGGUGCGAUGGCCAUGGGGUCUAAGGGGCCGCCUUGGGGAAGAUGAGGGGCAGCCAUGAGGGGUGUAUGUGGGUUGUUAAGGUUGGCCGUGGGGAGUUGAGGAGCAGCCAUGGCUGCUUGUGAGGCCAGGGGAAGGUGACUGGCAUCACCUUCCUCUGAGGAACAGGGCUGAGGUGCCCCCGACACCACCCACCAGCUCCUUUCCCCAGAGCAGCCAGUGCCUGCUGGCCAUGGGGGUCCUGCCCAUCGCCAGCCCCACUCCUCUCCCCCAGCUGCCCCAGGGCCGAGCAUCGCCGGGCCGAGUGGCUGCGCAGGGAGGCCUCUGCCAACGCUGGUGGGGUGUGCGGUGCCCUCCCGGCCCCCCGGCUGCUUUGCAGUGCCUCCCCUCGCGUGUUGCAGCAGCACGUCUCUGCGGAGCAAGCUGCCUCCUAACGUGCGUGAGAUCGGCAGGCAAGGGAUUUCGUAGGCACCUGCCCUCAUCUGCAUAUGUAAUAACUCACUUUUCAUUUUAACAGAUAUUGAGGUGACUUAGAAAUACAAGUUUGAGGAGCUUGGGAGGAAAUUUAGGAGCAUUGCUGGAAGUAGAAGAUUUUGGCUCCUCUUUGGGUGCUUUGGAGAAGGUACCUUAUUUUUACUGGACAAAAAAAUACAUAUAGGUGUUGUUGAGAAAUACUAGAGUCCUCAUACAAGCAAGGCAGGUUUCAUUUUUUUAUACGACGAGUGGAUGAUAUCCCCUCUCUGUCCCAACAAUUUACCUUGGACAAUCGUUGUAAAAUCCCAGCUGCGUUGUGUGUAUUAGUUGGUGGUAAAAAUAUACUUUUUUUUAAGCUGGCAAUAGGCCCAGCAUUUGUCUCCGCUAGCUGACACACAUUAAAACAAAUCACCUUGCCUGUAUGGAGGUUUUAAAGGUGAUCGCCCAGUACAGCGUGUGGUAUUUCAGGGGGUCCCCGAGUAAAGCCCGCAGGCGUUGUGUGGGCCGCUGCAUUUGUACAUCAGCUUUGCCAGAACGCGCGAUAAAGGGCCAAGCAGCCAAAGUGGGAAUUUUUGUCAUCGGGAACCCAGAAGCCAAGGCUUUGAGGGGGGGAAAUUCAGUGCCCGAAACCAAAAUAAACCCCAAAAGGAGCAUCGCUGGCAUUGAUUUAAUUCUGCCUUAUUGCUAAACAGACUUGAUGAGAGUCGGCAGAAGAAAAACCUUUGAGGUUUUUGUACGGUCGUGCCGGAGAGCUGCGGUGGGAACUCGAGUCGGGGUCAUUGUCACGUCCCCUCGAAAUGAAGAGCAAUUAGCACGUGUCCGAGAUGGCGAGCGUGCUGUCCAGGCGUCUGGGGAAGCGCUCCCUGCUAGGCACCCGCGUCUCUGCCCCCGGCGCCUUGGCUGAUGGGGUGCUGGUGGCCACCCAGGUCCCCGGCUUGCAGACCGACCUUGGCCAGGCAUCUGCCCACACGGUGCCGCGAGAGGAUGGAUCCUGUGCACCGUCGGCAGAGGAGAGCAGCCAAGCACCCAGGUUCCCCAGCCCCGGCCGCCAGCAGCUUUGUGCCGGGCAGCAAGUCCUCGUCACCUACAACGGGCAGGAGCGUGCUGGCCUCGUGGAGCAGCACAACCCACUGAGCGACAAGGUGAAGGUGCUGCUGCCGGAGCAGGGCUUGCAGGCGUGCUGGAGGGUACAGGACGUGCGGCCGGCUCCGCUCCAGCCCCCCACCCUGCCCGCAGCUGGCGGUCCCAGCCCUGCUGAGGCGCUGCAGAGAUCCGUAUCCAGCAAUAUUGAUGUACCCAAGAGGAAAGCUGACGCGGCUGUGGAGAUGGACGAGAUGGUGGCAGCCAUGGUGCUGACGAGCCUCUCCUGCAGCCCUGUGGUACAGAGCCCUCCCGCCGGCGAGAGUGGCAUCCCCCCCUCACGGGCAGCGUGCGAUCCCUGGAAGGAGAGCGGCGACGUCUCGGACAGCGGAAGCAGCACCACCAGCGGGCACUGGAGCGGGGGCAGCGAGAUCUCCACCCCUUCGCCUCCCCACCCCGCCGGCAGUCCCAAGUACUCCAGCGAGGCCCUGAGCUCCCCCCAGGCAGAUGAUGGCUUCGAGACCGACUCCGACCCCUUUCUCCUUGAUGAACCCGCUCCACGCAAAAGAAAGAACUCGGUGAAGGUGAUGUACAAGUGCCUGUGGCCGAGCUGCGGCAAGGUCCUGCGCUCCAUCGUCGGCAUCAAGCGACACGUCAAGACCCAGCACCUUGGGGACAGCGCAGACUCCGACCAGCGGAAGCGGGAGGAGGAUUUCUACUACACCGAAGUGCAGGUGAAGGAAGAGCCGGCGCCGGAGGCGGCCGCCGCCGCCAGCCCCACGUCCGCGUCCACCCCCAUCAUCAUCCACCAGCAAGCCCUGGCAAAGCCGGAGGCGCUGCUGGUGGAGCAGCCGGUGCUGGAGCCCGCCCUGGCCAGCGGCGCCCUGAGCCAGUCUGCCCCCAGCUCCUUCUGGCACAUCCAGGCUGAUCAUGCCUACCAGGCGUUGCCCUCCAUCCAAAUUCCAGUGUCCCCCCACAUCUUCACCAGCAUCAGCUGGGCCACUGCCACCUCGACUCUCCCGUCUCUGUCACCGGUGCGGAGCCGGUCGCUCAGUUUCAGCGAACCCCAGCCACCGACACCGAUGCUCAAGUCCCACCUGAUCGUCGCCUCACCGCCCAGGGUGUCCAUCGGCACCAGAAAAGUCCGCGGUGAAGCCAAAAAGUGCCGUAAGGUGUACGGCAUCGAGCACCGGGACCAGUGGUGCACGGCCUGCCGGUGGAAAAAAGCCUGCCAGCGCUUCCUGGACUGAGCGCAGCACCGCGGUGCCGCAUCCCUCCCCUGCUCCUGCCCGGGGAGCACCGGAGUCCCUCACUGCUGCAACCAGGGACCUUGGAGGUACCUCCUGUGACCCCAGAAGACACCUCCAGAGCUGCGUGUAAAUUCCUCCUUCUGUAUAUUGUACAUCUGCUGGGUUUGCUCUUUUUUUAAAAAAAACUUUUUCCAACUUUUUUUUUUUUUUUUAAACCUGAAGAAUAUCUCCCUUUGUACAGUAAAAGCUGGGGCUGGGAGGGAAGGAAGCUGGUUCCUUGGGGUUCGGGGGAGACUGUAGGCAAUCUGGGGACCAAAGAGCUUCCUGCAUUUCCCAGAUGAGCCCUAAAAUCUCCUGAACCGUCGCAGCGUGGCCGGGGUGAGGCGUUGAGGCAGCUUCCCGUGUCCUUUGACUACCUAGAAAGUGCAAAUCCCCUGUAUCCCUUAAGGGAGGGGGUCGGUAACAAUUAUAGCUUUAAAAAAGAAAAUGCUGUUGGGUUGCUGCAAGCAAGGCAGGAGCGGUUCUCGGGGCAGGAGUCGGAGGUUUCUUUCCCCGCAUGGAUGUGGUCUUUGCUCGUGUCGCGUCACACCGGUACCUCAAGCCUGCGCAUGCCUCUGGUCGGUUCCAGCGUGUCGUUUUUGGAGGCAUUUGGGGGGUAAAAAACACCCAAAACAUUUUAAUCAGGAAAGCUAUGAGAAUUUUUAAGGCAAAACCUUAUGUUCCUUCUCAUUUUAGGCUUUGUAAGUCUGCUUAGCUCUGUGAAAAAUCUAUGUUGUGGCCCUCACUGUGUCCUUCAAAACUAGGCAGAGCGAUUUUAUUUUUUUUCAAUUAAUGAUUCCACCAAUAAAGGCAGCUGGGAGGACUGGGAAGGGUUUCCCUUAGCAUCACUGUAUGGCCCCAAUUCAGCAAAACGCUUCAAUAUUUCCUUCUGAAUCCCAUCGAACCUCGUGGGAGUUUUCUGACUUCCAUCCUUUAAAAUAUGUAUUUACCCAACCCAAAUUACUGCUGGCUUCCUGUCACUGUCACUGCUGUGACCACUUGCACCGCUGGCGAGGCGUUGCACUUGGUGUCGGGCCAGGAUGCGUGCGGCCGGGGAGCCGGAUCGCCCCGUCGGCUUUCUCCCCUCGCCGGGGCAGGCAGCCAUUUGGAUUUGUAUUAUUUUUUUUGCUGCGUUUUUGAUAAUCAUAGGCCAUAACCCGCAGCUGUCGAGCCAAGAGCAAUCCCUGCACGCAGCUUGAGCCCGGGGUGUCUUUAAGGACCCCGUGCCGAGACUCAGCUUCCCUUAUAAAAGCGAAUCGUGUGGGUGGGAGAGUCCGAUACUGCUCCCGGAUUGCCCCGUUGCUGAAGGGAUCGGGUGGGCAGGCGAAGCGGGUUGAGAUACAUAUAUAUAUAUUACUGGUGCUUGUUGACGUGUUUGGGUAUUUCUUUUGUUGUUGUUCGUUUGUAAUUUUGUACAUAUAAACAGUAUAUCGUCCCGCAACCUGAUCUUCUCUCUGGUAUCCAACUGGUGGAUGCAAUAUUUGGCCGCUGGAAGGCGGGAGCAAAACUCCUUGGGCAGGGUGCGACCCCAUGGGGUUACAUCCCCGGGUGGGUCUGGGCAGGUCCGGCUCAAGUCCCAGGGAAGAGAAGAGGUUCUGCUCCUUGAGAGCUGCUCGCUCAGGUUCCCAUCCCUGCUGGAGCAUGGUAUUAGGAGCAAAAUGUCAGGAAAAGCCUUUUCCUUUCCUGCUGGCGUCGGGGACUCGUUGCGGGUUCCCAGCUUGAGCGUUUUAUUGCAAAAACGACUUUCCAAAGCGCGUUGCCAGUUGGUGCUCUGCAUCCACAGCCCUGGUAACAAUUAAUUGCAUGGUGGGGUUGUUGCACUACUCAAAAAUAGGUGUUUGGGGUUUUUUUUUAAUAAAAAAAGCCCCCAUGCCUUUGCUGCUGUCUGAUCCCCAGCAUUUGAACAGCCGAGCUGGUGUUCUCUGUCCUGCGUUGCCUCAUGGAGCUCAGCCUGUUUAUCCUUUCGGGGAAGGGCCCUGCAAUGCCGGGGUGCGGGCCGGUUUUCGGUGAUGCCGGUGGCUCUCCACAAGCGAGCCAGUGGUUUGGGAAGUCCCAUGCAGCGCCUCGCUGCAUUUUCAUUUUUCAAAUUUUUUU